CGUCUCCUCCUCCGCACUCGGCUAGGAGGCCGACUAAAGCACAUCACUUUUUACACGCCGCCCCCUCGCCCCCGCCCUAUUCCCAAUCCCACCUCAUCCCGCGCCCGCCCGCGCCGCCCCGAUCCGACGGCUCCCGCGCCCGCCACGUCUCCGUCGUCUUCCUCCCCCACCCACUAUUUAUCCUUCCGCCCCCGUCGCCCCCGCUCCCCUCCCCUUUCCUUCCAACCGGCGCGCUAGGGUUAGGGUUUCGACGCGUUGGCAUCCGCUUCGCCUCGCCGCUGCGUCGUGAUUUCUAGUGGGAGGCCAUGGCGAUCGUGAGGAGCGGCGAUGGCGUCAGGCUCCCGAGGCUUGACGGCGGCGGCGGGGAGGGCUCGCCGGAGGCCACGGAGGACGAGGACGAGGAGGCGUCGCGAGCCACGCUGUCUCAGGAGUCCGAGGCUGAUGGCUUCUCAGGCGGCGAGGAGGAGGGAGACGAGGAGGAGAACGGAGGCGAAGGUGAGGGGCGAGAGGAGGCGGAAGAGGAGGAAUCCGAGCAGGAGGAGGAGGACUCGGGGAUGGGGUCGGACGAGCUGGAGGUCACGGAGCUCGGGGAGGCGGGGGCGGAGAUGUGCCAGGUCAGGGACCAGAGCGUCGCCGUGCCUCUGGAGCUAUACAACCUUGGCCGCCUGGGCGAUGUGCUCUCGCUCGACGCGUGGAACAACCUCCUCAGCGAGGAGGAGCGGCUACGACUCGCUGCCUUGAUGCCAGACAUGGACCAGGAGACAUUUGCACGCACCCUCGUCGAGCUCCUCGCGGGGGAGAAUUUCCACUUCGGAAGCCCCCUUGCUGCCCUCUUCGACAGGCUGAAAGGUGGACUCUGUGACCCCAGGGUCGUUCUGUACCGCCGUGGCACCUGCUUUGCGGAGCGGCGCAAGCAUUACUACUGGCUGCAGAGCUACCACAAUUCCAUGGUGCGAGGGCUGUGGGAGAUCAAGGACUGCUGGAAGGGCCGUGAGGGAUACAGCCUUGAUGAGAGGCUGAGGGUGCUGGAUGCGAUGAAGGUUCAGCGGCAGCAGAAAAUAGCUCUGGGUUUGGCUGGGCGGGCUGCAUCAGAGACUGAUUCGGAGAGCAGGGAGUCUGGGGAGCAGUUCGUAACACGGCUGAAGCCAGAUAAGAUGGGACUGAAGAAGGCUGGAAAGUCAGUGAAGGAAAGGUCUAGGGGGCUACUGCGCGUGGGUGUGCGAAAAGGAGUGGAUGAGGAGUACAUUGGAGGGUCUGGCCGCGAUGCUGCAGUGACACUCUCUGAGCUUUCUCGUCAACAUAAUGCUUAUGUCUAUGAUCCAAGUGUCACACAUAGAGGGAAGCUUCACAGGAGCAUAGAUGGCCUUUGUGCGGAGGAUCUAGGAUAUGACAGAGAUUUGCCAAGAAUUCGGCCUUCGAGGCCGCUGACGAAGCCAGGGAAGAAGAAGGAUUUGGCUAAGAGCUACGAUGGAUAUCUUCAUGGAAACAACUACAGCGAUAGCCAUACCAGUUCUCCUUAUUACUAUGGCAGACCUGUUGCUAAUCAGGGAGUUACCUUGGCAGCAGCAUUUGAUCCUCCGUAUUUUGACACUGGAAGGAAUGCAAGGCACUCAGAGAGAGACUGGGUACAAGGUGGAAAAAUGGUGCAGAGUAAACCUCUAAUAGGGGAUGCGACACACUGGUCAGCUGGUACCCACACUGGUAACUUAGAUGACUGGCAGAAAGGGCAGUCUACAGCUGAUUACAGGAGCAGAAAUGCUCAAGCUGUUCAUGGUAUGAAAGUUAAGCCCUAUAAAAAUAUUGUGCAACAGGUUAAUGAUGCUCACCUUGGGUCUGACCCUAGAGGGAAGAUAUCACAGGUGAAGAUUAAAGGUAAAUCCAGUAGUCAAUUUCAUAGGAUUAGCCAGAAGCACUCCAAGAGUGAUGCUGUCUAUGCUCAAAAUGAGGAGUCAGAAUCUGAUUCAUCAGAACAGUUUGAAGAUGGUGGGGACGUGAAAUUUCUCGAACGGAAGCCAGAGCGUCACCAUUCUGGGUUUCAUAGACCAGCACAUGGUGCCAAAAAGUCACACAAUCUUGCCAAAACGAUCAAAAUGAAUUAUCCUGCUUCUACUGCAGAUUUAGAACCCUCUCAGAGCAAAGGAGUCAAAGGAAAGGUUUCAGAGACUGGUUAUUUAAGUGAUGUGCAUGUGACAAUGCCGGAGCAGAUUAGUGAAGUCAUUAAACCUCAAGCAGCAAGUGGUGAAAGGAAGCGGAAAGGGACAGCAAAUUUGGACAUGCAUGGUUAUGAUGACUUUGAGUUGUAUGAAAUCAAAGAAAACGCCAAUGAGUCAUUCAUGUCACCGGAAAAUGAAAGUCUUGCCAGCAGAUCAGGUCAUGCGGCCCAAGAUUCUAAUGGUGAUUUUGGUGGUAACGGAAGAGUAAAGGUGCCACUGUCAAGUUGCAGCUCUGGGUCCAAAAAACUAAAAGGAAGAGUUGAAGUUACUAGCCUGGAUGAGCAUGGUGAGACCGCGCCAUCUGGUCCAAAGGUGGUUGAGAACAGUGGUAGCUCGAAGAAGAAAAGUAAAAAGAAGCCAGAGACCAUUACAGAUGCAGUUACUGUAGCAGAACCAGCUCUUGCCAUACCAGAAAAUGUGGUAGCAAUAGAGCCUGAGAAGCCGCCCGAGAAGCCCAAGAAGAAGUAUGUACCAAUUACACCAACUAUUCAUACCGGAUUUUCAUUCUCUGUUGUACAUCUCUUAACUGCUGUAAAGAAGGCUAUGGUCAGUCCUACGGAGGAUACUCCAGCAACAGCGAAGCAACCUGAUGGAGAGGGGGGCAAAAAAUGGUUCAACAAUGAAGAGAAUGGCAAAACACCUCAAGAAUCAAGUGCGACAGAGCAGGCUCAACAGGUUCUUGAAGCUGCAGAUGCCAGUGCUGCAGAGCCGACUGUUCCGAGCAAUUCAACAGCGCUCACUGUUCAAGAACUUGUCAACCGAAUUAGAUCAAAUCCUGGAGAUCCUAGGAUACUUGAAACGCAGGAGCCCCUUCAGGAUUUAGUUCGAGGAGUAUUGAAGGUACUGUCAUCUAGAGUAGCUCCUCUAGGUGCGAAGGGCUGGAAAGUGCUAGUUGCCUACGAAAAAUCAAACAAAAGUUGGUUCUGGGUUGGUCCAGUGCCUUCUGUUUCUUCAGAUGGCGAUCCUGAUGAAGAAACUUCUGCUGAAGCAUGGGGUAUACCGCACAAGAUGCUUGUGAAGUUGGUUGAUGCAUUUGCAAAUUGGCUGAAAAGUGGUCAGGAAACCCUUAAGCAAAUAGGAUCCCUUCCACCACCUCCACCACCAAAUCCUGCAAACUUGGAUUUGAAGGAAAGAUUCAAGGAGCUUAGAGCACAGAAAAGUCUGAACACAAUAAUCCCAAGCUCAGACGAAGCAAGGGUAUAUUUCCAGCGUGAGGAAUUUUUGAGAUACUCAAUACCUGACAGAGCCUUUUGCUAUACUGCUGCUGAUGGGGAGAAGUCUAUAGUUGCUCCCUUGAGAAGAGGAGGUGGAAAGCCCACAGCAAAAGCUAGGGGACAUCCCAUGCUCUUACCUGAUCGUCCGCCACAUGUCACUAUCCUCUGUCUUGUAAGAGAUGCUGCUGCUAGGUUGCCUGCAGGAACUGGAACAAGAGCUGAUGUCUGCACACUACUCAGAGAUUCACAAUACCUAAACUUUGAAGAAGCCAAUAAAGAGGCUGCUAUUAAUCAAGUCGUCAGUGGCGCUCUUGACCGCUUGCACUAUGAACGCGAUCCUUGUGUACUGUAUGAUAACGACAAAAAAUUGUGGACAUAUCUGCACAGGGGUAGAGAGGAGGAAGAUUUUGAGGAUGAUGGCACAUCAUCUACAAAAAAAUGGAAGAGACCGAGGAAAGAUCCCUCUGAUCCUGCAGAGCCAGGUGUGGCAAACGAUGAUUUUGAGGAUGAUGGCACUGGGACCCCUUCGACGAACAAUGUGAAAAAACAAAAGACAGACCAUGCAUAUCCUACAGUGUCAGGAGAAGCUAAGGAUGGGGGAGAUCAUGCAACUAAGAAUUCAUCUGCUGGUGGAUUUUCUGGUGGCCUUGAAGGUGAUCCUGAUAUUAAUGUUGUUCCACCAUCAAAAAAUGACGAAGAAACUGGUGGAGUUGUUUAUACUGAUGCAAUAACAGAUGUUGGUGGCUCCAAACAUUCAGUCGACACAACACCAGGCAGCGGGGCUGAAUAAAAACAAUAUGGCACUCCCUGAGAACACCACCGAGGAAGUUAUCAAAGUGUUAGACUAAGAGGGUCAAAAGGAUUCAUGAGUGUGGAUGUUAUAUGCUACCCUGUUAUGAAUAAUGUAUCAUGGUUUUCAAGUUUCAACCAGCUGGACAUGUGUUGAAGCACCAGCACAGGGUAUAAAGCGGCGGACAUCUUCUUGUUGUUAUUAUAUAUUGACACCAUAGCAUCGCUGUAUCAGGCCCCCACUCCGACAAAAUCCUCUGUAGUUGAGAUAGCUUGUACAUUCUUGUCAUAAAACGAGCUUUUGUAGUUUCUUUUUUUUUCUAGUGGUCUUGUGCUGCUGUUCUAAUCUAAAGUUGUUAGCCAUAUGUUUUGAGUUCUGUCCGUUGAUGUUUGAAUGGAUGUCAGAACUUGCCACGCCAUAUGUUAGGCAUGUCACAACUGCUCAGGCGAGCAUUUGUUUUGAUACCAUACAUUUGGCGAGUCACAGUGAAUGUUCUGCUAUUCUAUGAGCGAAGACGGAGGUUCCAAUUAA